GAGACAUCUGGCCUUCUGGAUGGGAACUGGGUUUGGGAGAGGUCAGGUUUGUCACUACCCCUAUAUGACCCAGAGCUCUCUUCUUUCCUAUCUUCCAGUGUACUGAAGAGGAGACGCUAUUUUUGCAGUAGAUAACCUUGCUACCAUUGCUGAGUUGAGCUUGGACUUAGUCUCUCUGGUCAUGGUUGUCCAGACUGACAGAGGUGAUGGGGAGCCAAAGCUGAGAGUUGUUAAGGUCAUCUCUGGAGUCUCUGCAAGCCUUUCCUCUACCACGGCCUCUUCUCAGUUGACUGCCAGACAAACAGAAGAAGGUGAGAAGAAGGAUAAGCCCCAAGGACACCGAGGGUCUGGGGGGCUACAAUGGCGUCCUCAGCUACUUCUCUGACCACCCUGGAAGAUGAGGUCAGUUGCCCCAUCUGCCAAGCCAUCCUGAGAGAGCCCGUUACCAUUGACUGUGGCCACAACUUCUGUCGAGGAUGCCUUACUCACUACUGUGAAAUCCCUGGUCCUGAUCCUGGUGAGCAACCCAUAUGUCCACUCUGCAAGGAUCCCUUCCAUCCUGGGGGACUCCGGCCUAAUUGGCAGCUGGCUAGUGUUGUGGAAAACAUAGAGAAGCUAAAGUCAGCACCCCCUUCAGGCCUGGGAGAGGACCUCUGUGAAGUACAUGAGGAAAAAAUUUACUUUUUCUGCGAGGAUGAUGAAACGCAGUUGUGUGUGAAGUGCCGGGAAGCCCUGGAGCACAGGACUCACACUGUUCGCUUUCUGGAGGAUGCAGCAGAUCCUUACAGGGAACAAAUCCAUAGGUGUCUGGAGUCUCUGAAGAAUGAGAGAGAAGAUAUUCAAGGAAUCCAGUCCAGGGAAGAUCAGAGGAUCCAGGUCUUAUUGACUCAGGUGGCCACCAAGAGAGAGAAGGUCAUCUUGGAAUUUGAGCACAUGUGCCAGUUCCUGGAGAGGCAGCAGUACUUGCUUUUGACCCAGCUGGAGGAGUUGGAUGGAGAUAUUUUGAAACAGAAGGAUGAGUUUGAGUCCCUUGUCCAGGGUGAGAUCUGCCGUUUUGAUGCCUUGAUUUCAGAAUUGGAAGAAAAACUGGAGCGCCCAGCAAGAGAGCUGCUGAAGGACAUCAGGAGCACCCUGAUCAGGUGUGAAGGCAGAAGGUGUCGGAAACCAGAGGCUGUCUCUCCUGACCUGGGUGAGAGGAUCCGGGACUUCCCUCAACAGGCUCUUCAGCUGCAGAGGGAAAUGAAGACGUUUCUGGAAAAUCUGCUCUUUGAAUUGGACUGUGAACCAGCUCUUAUCUCCUUAGACCCCCGGACGUCCCAUCCCAAACUCCUCCUAUCAGAAGAUUAUCAGCGGGCCCAAUUCUCCUACAAAUGGCAGACCUCACCAGACAGUCCACAACGUUUUGACCGGGCCAUCUGUGUCCUAGCCCAGGAUGGCUUUGUGGGAGGAAGGCACACAUGGGUGGUAGCUGUGAACCUGGUCCAUGGGGGCAGCUGCACAAUGGGUGUAGUGAACCACGAUGUCCGACGGAAAGGGGAGCUCCGGCUCAGGCCAGAGGAGGGGAUAUGGGCAGUGCGACUGGCUUGGGGAUUUGUUUCAGCCUUGGGCUCCUACCCUACCAGGUUGUCCCUGGAAGAGAAUCCCAAGCAAAUCCGUGUCUCCCUUGAUUAUGAGGUGGGCUGGGUGACAUUUAGCAAUGCUGUCACUCAGGAGCCCAUCCAUACCUUUACUGCCUCUUUUACUGGAAAGAUUUUUCCCUUCUUUGGGCUCUGGGGCAGAGGAUCCAGUUUCUCUUUGAGUUCUUAAGAGGGAAGAGACUAUACUCUGGGUGAGGUAAGGGUGAGAGGGAUCAAGAGUAUGCCACUAGUCCUAGUACCUAGUGCCACUUGCGAAACUGGGAGAGAUUGUAUCCAAGGUCACACGUUAGUGAGAAAAAGCAAAAGAGGAAUUCAAACCCUCAAUUCUCUACCUUCCAAAUCUUCUAUUGACUCCCAGAGACUUUCCACUAUUCCUUUCCAUCCCAGAGAGGCUCAGGUCAUGGCUGUCCUAAGGAAUUUCAAAUGAUCCUAUAGAUCUACCAUGGGGAAAGAGGUAUCAGGAGUUCAUCGCAGCCAUCCCACAUAUCCAACAACCUCAGACCCUGCUGCUUGCCAUUCUGGAUGGAGGCUCAGCCUUAGGUGAAGAAGGUAGAGAAAAGAACCUUGCUCAAGACUGAUGGGCUGAGAGUUCUCUCUUUCCUUAUUUCCCACCUCUAAUCUAAUUGAACCCACACAUGAGGCCAAUUCAGGGAAAUAGUGAAAAGAGGGGAAUGCACAAGUGAUAGGAAAAAAGUAGAGAAGCCAUUUGUGGGGUCCCAAAUGCAGCCAGGGGGCUUGUGCUUCAUGAUCUAUUGUUUCCAGACCAAUGAAUGGCAAACCAAUUCAAUGUUCUCUUCUAAAACUGUACAGUAAAAAUUAUUCAAGGGGAAAGGAGGAAGGGAGAUAGAAAAAUUCAGACUAGAAGAAGAUUAGCAGUGGGAAAAGGGUUGAGUUGAAGGAAUGAGUGAGACCUUUGAGAGAAGGGUUUCCCUGUGGGAUUCUGGGAAGGAGGUUAUAACCCCACCUGUGAUGUGUGCAGAGUAAUAGUGACUCCCAGAAAUCUGUAUUACUGUUGUUGAGACUUGGUAUAUAGGCUAACAAUUUAUUGCAUGGGUUUAUAGGAAAUAGAAUAACACUUUAGCUUUGUUUGACCCCGUGUUGAACUUAAAUCUUGCAAACAAUAAAACAUUAUCUUGGUUGCAAGAAGGUUUUUGAGUUUUGUAGCAUCUAUAACUUUCUUAGAAGAGAAGUGGAGGCUCAAGAUAAGGGGAUUCAAGGAGUUAGUGACAUCUUUUUUUCUUUUCUCUUCUUUUCUCUUCUCUUCUCUUCUUUUCUUUUCUUUUCUUUUCUUUUCUUUUCUUUUCUUUUCUUUUCUUUUCUUUUCUUUUCUUUUCUUUUCUUUUCUUUUCUUUUCUUUUCUUUUCUUUUCUUUUCUUUUCUUUUCUUUUCUUUUCUUUUCUUUUCUUUUCUUUUCUCAUCUUUCCCUUACUGUCUAUUUUAGAGUUGGUACACUUCUAAGGCAGAAGAGCAAUAAGGGCUAGGCAAUUGGGUUUAAGUGAUUUAGCAAAGCUCACACAGCUAGGAAGUGUCUGAGGCCAAAUUUGAACCCAGGUCCUUCCUAUUCUAGGCCUGGCACUCUAUCUACUGUGCUAUCUCGCUGCAUCAACAUCUUCUCUUUAAAUAUAUCCAUCUAUAAUGAUUUCUCUGGGCUUUUACCUUGAGAUGGGUUUAGAUGAGAUGACCUACUAAUGACAGAAUCUCCCUUCAUUGCUGGAAAGAUGAAUUCUGAUUAAUCUUGCUCCUCUGAUUCCACAGGUAGCCAGCCCUUUAGUACCUUCUUUCUGCUUACAAUUCGUUCCUAGUUAUCCAAGGUUUUGGUUUAUUUAUAGCAAAUUUUAAUGAUAUUCUUAUUUAUUUGUUUAACUAUCUACUUUAUUAAAGAGUUCAAUCAUCCCACAAACUGCUGUGACUUGCUGUCU